CGCCAUGCAUUAUUCCAUAAUCAUUAUUUUAAUUCUGGGCUUGACGGUUUCAGCUCUUGCUCAACGACGAGGUACUGAUCAUGUUUUUAGUACCAUUUUUCCCGCCUGUAAACCUGUUGGCGACGCAAUGCGAAGUAAAUUUGUUGAGUUUUUGAGAAGCGGACAAAUAGGUCCUAGAGCUUGCAAAGGUCAAAACCAAGCUACUUGUACAAAAAAUGACGUGAAAAAAGUGCGAUGUGCAGUGACAGAGGCCCCUUCAGAUGAAUGCGUGGCUCAAAUCAAAGCCUUCAUACAAGGCAACGAAUGCAAUGCUUGAAAUGUUGAAAUAAGGAAAUAAAAUCUCAUAGCUAGGAAAUAGUAUAAUAAAAGACCUAAAAAUUAUUUUUGCAAGAAGCGGAAAAAAAUUUUUCCAUUUCUUGUAAUCCAAAAUUGGAUACAUUAUUCCAGUGUUAUUACACAUCUUUUAAUAAAAUGAUGAAAAUGAAAAUUGUAAUGAAUUUCAUGCUCCAGAAGAGAAGACGACAAAAAAUGAUAUAUUUCUUUUUUUGUGUGUGUAUUUCCA